ACUGACCUCUUCACCUUCAAUUCAACAUCUCUGUGUCUCUCUCUCUCUCUCUCUCUGGAGCCAUGCUUGAAGAAUCAGUGGCUAGUGCGCCGUCGAUCUGGGCGACCAUGAACAGCUGGUUCACGCCUAGCGUCUUCUUCGUGCUCCUCAACCUCAUGAUUGGUACCAUUUUCAUCACCUCGAGCCUCAGCUCCCACAAGCCCAAGGAAGAAGAGCAGGAGCCGCACCAACAACAACAACAUCAGCAGCAACACCAGCAGCAUUACGAAGAGAGCCCAAGACCCCAGCAACUCGCCAGAUCUCCAUCAAUGCUGCAGAGGCUCAAGUCCAUCAGCUUGUACAGCUACAGAUCCCAAGAACCCAACACCCAUUUUGGCAAAUCCCCUGAAAUGGAGACCCAUUAUGGGUUCUUGCAGCAAAGCCCCGAGCUUGGGCAAGAACAAGAGGCGGAGAGCGAAAAGGAGACGCCUUUCUUGACCAGAUCUCCUUCGAUGCUGGACAGGCUCAAGUCCUUCAAUCUCUACAAGUACGUGUCCCAAGAAGCCAGCUUUUCACCGACCCAUCUCAGCUCUGAGCAACCGCAUGAGCCAGAACAACACAGAGCCCAAGCUGAGGAGGAAGAACAAGUUGACCCAGCUGGAGAUGAAGAACCAGAAGAGCAAGAAGAGCAAGAACUGGAAGAAGUUGAAGAAGAAGAGGAAGAGGAAGAGGUUGAACAGAGUCUUGAUAAUGUGUACAGUCAGCUGAAGGAGAAUCAGGUCGAGAGGACCAAGUCCGACACCCAACCGGCAUCAGGCGAGAUAAUGCCCAAGCUCCCGGCGAAAAUAUAUAAAUCCGCGAGCGUCAAGUCCGCUUUCGCGCAUUUCGAAGAGGACGACAUUGUGGAGGCGCGCCGGCCGGCGACGACGAGGGAAGCGAAGGGCAAGGCGAGCCACGAGGUGGACGAGGAGGUCGAUGCCAAGGCCGACGAUUUCAUCAACAGGUUCAAGCAGCAGCUGAAGCUGCAGAGGCUGGACUCCUUCAUGAGGUACAAGGAGAUGAUCAGCAGAGGGAAUGGCAAGUAAGAGCAAAAGGCUGUGUACCUUUCCUUUGAGGGGGGGUUUCAAUUCUACGAUCCUGGUGAUUCUGUAUCUUAGGUUGUUUCUUGUUUCAUGGGUGGUGGUGGGUGGUGUAGAUUGAAGUUUGAUUAUCAUGGUGGUUGUUGAACUUUCCGUUCAAGGACAAGUAAAUAGCGCCUGCCUUAUAUCA